AUGCACUCACUUGAGCCGAAAGGCGCCUCCUUCCAAGUAAACCUACUACAGCGUAUCUGUCUUCGUCGGUACAGAAAUUUCAUCGUCAUCGGUCUGUCUGCACUCGGUAUAUGCCUUUGGCUCUUCUCUCGAUCAGACAGUUUAGGAAGCCUAGGGGUCCAGCUGAUUCGGCCGCCUAGUCCUCAACACGGCACCAAAGAUUCGCAAAGGCCAACAACAGAGGACCAACGGAAUAGCGGAACGGACACAAACCCUUCUGAAGGCAUUCAACAUUUGAUCCCCCAAAAAAUCUGGCAGAUACAACUGCCAAAGAAGAACCAAGAGGAGGAUAAGCCCGUAGACCCUGAGAGUCUGAAAGACACAGCGUCAUGGCUUGCCUUGAACAGGGACUACGCCUACACCUUGGUGGGCAAAGCAGGCGCCGAUAAAUUCAUCCGCGACCAUUACUCUCAUCAAACUCACUUGGUUGAGUCCUACAACAGUCUCACCAACGUGGGGAUGAAGUCAGAUCUUUUGCGCUAUCUCAUUCUGUCCAUCGAGGGUGGUGUGUACACCGAUACCGAUACUCUUGCGAUCAAGCCCAUAGAUCUAUGGGUUCCCAAGAAUAUGCGUGACAAGGUUCGCCUCAUUGUUGGCAUAGAGUUUGACCGUCGUGAUGGAGGCGGAUGGGCCGACAUCCCGCAUUGGCUUCAAUUUUGCCAAUGGACAAUUGCUGCUGCACCCGGCCACCCAGUAUUCCCACGCAUGGUUUCCCGUGCGCUUCGGUCUAUCGACGACCUCGCAAGCACACAUAAUUCGUCUAUCGGUCAGUUGAACCCCAGCAGCUUCGAAGUUAUGAACUCGACUGGACCAGCGGCUUGGACUGAUGUCGUGUUUGAGCUGCUGCAGGAGCAUGAUCCCAGCCUAAAUGACACCAAAGACCUGUCUUUCAUGACGGAGCCUAAACUUUACGGGGAUAUUCUUGUCUUGACCAUCGAUGGCUUUGGUAUGGGGCAGUCGCAUUCGCAUAGCACGCAUGACGGUAGCAUCCCCGAUGCAGCAUUGAUGAAGCAUCUCUUUCGCGGAUCUUGGAGAGGUGACUGA